CUCAGCCCAUCCCAGGCUUUCCUCUUGCGUAAGCUUCAUCUUCUCCUCCCUGUGCUGGGACGCACCUGCUUGUUUGGAGAACCGCUGAUUUACAAUGCAGAUGAGCGGCUCUUUGCUUGUCUGUGCUGGUCGUCCCUAAGUUUCCCUGGCAUAUAAGAGGUUGUUUGGUGCCUGAUGCCAAGGGCAGCGGUGGCAGAGAACACGAUGUGAGAGGCAGAGAUCAAGAAGAGGGGGGCCAAGAAAGAGCGAGCCCCGCAGCUGCCCUGUUGGCUGAGGGGCAGAUCUGUGGGACAGAAUGUCGAUGCUCACACCCAUCCUGAAGCCCCUCGAGGUGAAGGAGUAUCUAUCCAAGGGCGAGCGCUUCAUCAAGUGGGACGAUGACACAACGAAUGCUUCGCCUGUGAUUCUCCGGGUAGAUCCAAAGGGUUUUUACUUAUAUUGGACAUAUCAGAAUAAGGAAAUGGAAUUUUUGGAUAUAACCAGCAUCCGAGACACCCGAGUAGGAAAAUUUGCCAAAAUCCCCAAGAGCCAGAAGCUCCGAGAGGUUUUUAACUUGGAUUUCCCAGACAACAACUUCCUGCUCAAAACUCUGACUGUUGUGACCGGCACCGAUAUGGUGGAUCUCACAUUCCACAAUUUUGUCUCCUACAAAGAGAGAGUUGGCAAGAGCUGGGCUGAGGAUAUCAUGGCCAUCGUUAGAAACCCACUGACAUUCAAUGCAUCUCGCUACACUUUCCUGGAGAAAAUCCUGGUGAAGCUGAAGAUGCAACUCAGCGCUGAAGGAAAAAUUCCUGUCAGGAAUAUUUUUCAGCUGUUUCCUGCAGACAGGAAGAGGGUAGAAGCUGCAUUACAUGCUUGUCACCUUCCAAAGGGCAAGAAUGAUGCGAUCAAUCCAGAGGACUUCCCUGAGAAAGUGUAUAAAACCUUCCUGAUGAACCUGUGUCCCCGUCCGGAGAUCGAUGAGAUAUUCACCUCUCACCAUUCGAAAGCCAAGCCCUACAUGACCAAAGAGCACUUGGCAAAGUUUAUCAACAAGAAACAGCGAGAUUCCCGCCUCAAUGACAUCCUUUUCCCUCCUGCCAAACCAGAGCAGGUGCAGGGCCUGAUAGAGAAGUACGAACCCAGUGGGAUUAACAUCCAGAGAGGGCAGUUGUCUCCAGAGGGGAUGGUUUGGUUCCUCUGUGGCCCUGAAAACAAUAUUGUAUCACUGGACAAAGUGGUGCUGUACCAGGACAUGACCCAGCCACUCUCACAUUACUUCAUCAACUCAUCACACAACACCUACUUGACAGCUGGCCAGUUUUCUGGCAUCUCAUCUCCUGAAAUGUAUCGCCAGAGCCUGCUGUCUGGCUGCCGUUGUGUGGAGCUGGACUGCUGGAAGGGUCGUCCCCCAGAUGAGGAGCCCAUCAUCACCCAUGGAUUCACCAUGACAACUGAGAUUCUCUUCAAGGAUGUCAUUGAGGCCAUUGCAGAAAGUGCUUUCAAAACCUCUCUCUACCCAGUUAUCCUGUCCUUUGAGAACCAUGUUGACUCGCCCAAGCAGCAGGCUAAGAUGGCUGAGUACUGCAGGACCAUAUUCGGGGACAUGCUGCUGACAGAGCCACUAGAAAAAUAUCCACUGAAGCCAGGCGUUCCCUUGCCAAGCCCUCAGGAUCUCUUAGGGAAAAUACUGAUUAAGAACAAAAAGAACCAAUCUGCAUUUGAAGAUAGGCGGGACUCUCUGAAGAAAGAGAGGAAUGAAGCUACUGACCAGCCUGUCACAGUGGAUGUCUGGGCAGGUGAUGUGACCGAAGAGGACCCAGAGGAAGAGGAGGAGGAAUCUGGAAACUUGGAUGAAGAACAGAUUAAAAAGAUGCAGUCAGAUGAGGGCACUGCUGGCUUGGAAGUGACAGCUUACGAGGAAAUGUCCAGCCUGGUUAAUUACAUCCAGCCUAUCAAAUUUGACUCCUUUGAUACCUCAACAGAGCAGAACCGAAGUUAUGUCAUCUCCUCCUUCACCGAAAUAAAGGCUUAUGAUCUACUGACCAAAUCCGCUGUGCAGUUUGUAGAAUAUAACAAGCGACAGAUGAGCCGGAUUUACCCCAAGGGCACCCGGAUGGACUCAUCCAACUACAUGCCUCAGAUGUUCUGGAACGUCGGCUGUCAAAUGGUGGCCUUAAACUUCCAGACAAUGGAUGUCCCCAUGCAACAGAAUAUGGCCCUCUUUGAGUUCAACGGCCAGAGCGGCUACCUUCUCAAACACGAAUUCAUGCGGCGUCCAGACAAGCAGUUUGACCCUUACUCUGUGGACCGCAUUGACGUGGUGGUAGCAAGCAUCCUGUCAAUAACGAUCCUUUCUGGCCAGUUCCUCUCAGAGCGCAGCGUGAAGACAUAUGUAGAAGUGGAACUGUUUGGUUUGCCAGGGGACCCAAAACGUAAAUACAGAACCAAGCUGACAUCAAGUGCCAAUUCCCUCAACCCUGUAUGGAAGGAGGAGGCUUUUGUUUUUGAAAAGAUUCUGAUGCCAGAGUUGGCUUCUCUCAGAAUUGUGGCUUUGGAGGAAGGAGGAAAGUUCAUUGGUCAACGCAUCAUUCCCAUUAUUGCUGUGCAUUCAGGCUAUCACCACGUUUGCCUUCGCAGUGAGAGUAACAUGCCACUCACUAUGCCCUCCCUCUUUGUGUACCUGGAGAUGAAGGACUAUGUCCCUGACACUUGGGCAGAUCUGACCGUUGCUCUCUCCAACCCCAUUAAGUUCUUUAAUACCCAGGACAAGAGUUCAGUGAAGCUGAAACAGGGUUCUGCAGAGGGGCCUGACAUGCAGAAGAAGCUUACAGCAGCUCAAACCAACGGGUUACCAAAUUCCACCAGGACUUUUAGUUUGCAUUCUUCAAAUGGACCUGCAGGAGCUAUGGCCCUGGGGAAGGAAGAAACUAAAAAAGAAGUUGCAAAAGAAGUUGCAGAGCUCCAAACAGCCAGCCUUGAGGAACUGCAGAAGAUGAAGCUUUUUAUGAAGCUGCUGAAGAAACAGGAGAAGGAGCUGAAGGAGCUGGAGCGAAAGGGAAGCAAGCGCAGGGAAGAGCUGCUGCAGAGAUAUUCAGCCCUGUUCUCUGAGUUGGUCACCCAGUGUGGCAGGAAGAAGAUCGCAUGCCCUCGGAAAACCCAGAAAAAGAAAAGGAGUUUGACUGUAGAGGAGGUCAGUGCAGGAGGGAAUCCAGCAGAGAUGGCAGAGAAUGCUGACAGCCGAGUCUUGGAGCUGAAGGAGAAGCUGGAAAUGGACCUAAUGCAAGUGUGGGAAGAGCAGUAUGAUGGGAUUCGGAAAAAGAAAGAGCAGCAUGCCACAGAGCAAAUUGCCAGACUAAUAGAAGUAGCAAGGGAGAAGCAGGCAGCUGAGCUGAAGGCACUGAAGGAAUCGUCAGAAAGUGAUACUAAAGAGAUAAAGAAGAAGCUGGAGGCAAAGAGACUGGACCGAAUCCAAGUCAUGACCAAGAGUACCAUUGACAAGACUGCUCAGGAGAGAUUAAAGAGAGAAAUUAAUAAUUCACACAUUCAGGAAGUGGUGCAGAUGAUCAAACUGAUGACAGAAAAGAUGAUCAAGUACCAAGAGAAACUGGAAGAGAAGCAGGCAGAUUGUUUAGAAAAGAUCAAGGAGAAAGAAAGCCAGCUCCAGAAGGAGGCCUUGGCAGAAUAUGAGGAGAAAGUGAAAACCCUUAGCAUGGAGGUACAAGAUUUGGCAAGCAACUGUGUGAAAGUCUGCUUCCCUCUGGAGGCUAAUAUCAAGAAGGAAGAAGCCCUGAACACAAGCAGUGAAGGAAAACAAGGCUCUAAGGACCAACCAGAAGGAAAGAUACCUGUAGCUGAGAUAUCAGGGCUUGAGACAUCCAUGGCUGAGACCUCCAUAGCUCAGACCCAAAAAGAGGCGCUUCCACAGACUAGAAGCGAGUUGGAAUGUCACUUUAAGGAACCUCAUGCCAUCAGUGCACCAUUUUCCCUCUCUCAAACAGAAUAGUGCUCGCUCCAUGGAUUUCUCCUAUCGGCAGAGGAAAGAAGAAUCUCAAAGAGCAUUAUGCUGGUGUUCACAUACCAUUUUAGAUAAAUUGCAGUGGAAAAAAACCCCUAGGAAAUGGAAGGAGAGUACUCUACGAUCAGUUUUCUAGAUUUUUUUUAAAUGUCUUCUUUUUCCUAGUGACUAUUUUUAACUUCUGCUGUAUCUUUUGGAAGCUGGUGGUUCUACAGAUAGGUUUUAUGGGACCCAUUUAGACUUGGGUUGACCCCUCAUAGAAUGUAUAGAUAGAAAAUCUGUAAGGGCUCUCUAAUACUCACCUGUAGAAAUAAUGCAGAGAAAUGAGCCAUUUCUCCCAUUUGUUACUACAAAAUAACCUAGAGAACUCCUGUCCAAUUCUCUGUGGACAUUCCAUAAAGUUUUCUACAGAGCCGCAUCAAGAUUCUCUAAUGAAGCUAUGAUAACUCCAUAUUUGGGGCCCUUUUGGAAGCAUACGGUCACAAUUUUGAAAACUUUUAAUUUAUUUUAAGGGUAAAUAAACAGAGUUUCCUUAAAUGUUCCUCAUAAUGUAAGGACACCUGUUCCAUUGGCUGGCCUACCAAAAAGUACAGCAAUUUGUUUCAAAACCUGCCUCAAAAUGUGCACGAGCUAAAACCUCCUAUUCACUAUGCUUCUGUACCAAUGUAUUAGAACAAAAGCUCGGCGAACUCUCCUGCAGGCGGUGCAGUCUGAAGAAGUACAGUGUGGGAGGAAUCAGGGAAGAGAAACUUUAUCUCAGCUUGUGAGGGGCUCAAGGAGGUUUUUUAUGCUGUUUGCCCUUUGCCACUCGUGCUGCCAUGCACUGUAUGUAACAGUGAAGUCUGUAGCGUCUUCCCUACAGUAGCUACAGAUUUCUGACUUCCUUAGUAGUUAUUUCUAGCUGUAAUUGCAGUCUGAAGGGCAUAAUACACAUGUUUAAUUACACAGCUUAAUUUUGAAGUAUGUUAGUCCUGACCUUAAGACUUCCUGCAUUUUUUGACUACAAAUGGGAGUAUGUGACCCUUAGAUUGUCUGAGACCUGGUGUCCAUUUGCUGCUGCUGCUCUCGGGUAAUACCAGAGGUGAAAGUAAGCCGGUAUGGUCCAGUACGGCAUACCGGCAAGAGCCGGUACACCGUGCCGGACCAGACUGGCUUCUCCUGCGGGGAGCCUCAGGCCCUUUAAACCGCUGCCCGAGGCCCGCUGCUGGAGCUCCGGUGGCGCUUUAAAGGGCCUCUGGCCUUUUAAAUCACCACCGGAGCCCUGCCGCCACUACCCCACAGUGGCAGGAGCACCAGGCCCUUUAAAUCCCCACCCGAGCCCUGCCACCCUGGGGUAGCAGCGGCAGGGCUCCCGCAGUGAUUUAAAGGGCCCGGAGCUCCACGGCGGCCACAGCCCCAGGCCCUUUAAUUCGCCCCUGAGCCCUGGGGCUCCCAGCCGCCUCUGCAGCUGGUUGCUCCGGGGUGAUUUAAAGGUCCUGGGGUUCACAGCCGGAGCCCCAGGGCCUUUAAAUCUUGAAAGGCCCCGCCUCUUCCUAUUGAGGCCACGCCCCCACUCAGGACUCCGGCGUACUGGUAAGUCCUUUAAGUUACUUUCACCCCUAGGUAAUACAAAGCUUUCUAGCGUAACGUGAACAAAACCAAACAUCAUGGGCCAUAUUCACAAUUACUCAUUUCUGCAUGUGGGGCAGGAGGAGAGUGGGGGGUGUGUGUGUGUGGAAGGUGACCUUUGCAUGCCUUGUAUUGUACGACUGUUCAAUGCCCUGCCUGGCCCCCAGUGUAAAUUCGAGCAACCUCCUCAGCCUCUGGAUGCUGGAAAGUAGAGAAUAGCAUUCAGUGCACUCUGGUCAUGCCCCCUACACUAGGGACUGGGACAGGGCUAGCAAAUAACCCUAAUGCCAGUUCUACAAUGGCUGUUUCCAGGAUUUCUGCACGCUUGCCCCCAAUUCUUUUCCUGGUCCGUACAGCAAUGAAUUGGGAUUUAUGAACGCUGCUGACUUGAUACACUUUAUCUUGUGAAAGCAGUGCAGUUAAUGCUAUUGGAAGCAAUAAUCUUUACAUUAUUACAUGAUAACGUGUUAACGCCACUGCAUUUAUCUCUUGAUAAGUCAUUCAGCCCUGUGAGUCAUUCAUUUGGAAACAGCGAGACUUAAUGAAAGGAAGUGGGACAAGCAUACACUUUCACAUACUGUUUCUGUAGGACUGCUACUUUUCCCCAUGUUCUGUUUUUUUUAUGACACCAAGUGCCGUCCCACAACAAAAUUUCUACACUGUUGUAGAAAUGUUCUCUCCGGGUCUGUAUCUUGUUUGGAGAGGCAGGGAGCGACAGGCUUAGUUUUAGUGGUUCUACAAAAAAUGGUGGUUAUUAUACUGGAUACUACCGUGAUGAAUGCAUUACAAAAUGUAGAUAGACAUGAAAUUAGCUCAGGUUUGAUACUACAGAGAAGUUCUAUAUCUGGUUUAGGGGCUGGGUAAAGGAGAUAAUGUACCUCCUCUGUAGCAUUGCAUUUGCAUGAGAUAUGCAUUGAUUUUAUUAAAUAACAGGCGUGAGAUUGUGUAUAGUAAAUUUGUGACAUAUUUAUUUUCUGGAAAUAAAACAUUUCUAUA